AUGCGGGCCACUGCUCUCUUCACGGCCCUCGCCGCCGCGGUCCUCGCCACAGCCAGCCCGCGCAUCGCACACCUCCACUACCAGCCCAUCAGCCCCUCGACAGGCGACGCCGCGCCGCCCCUGCCGCUCGCCGAGAUCCACUACGACGCCUCGACGCCGUCGUCCGCGACCGUCGCGUCCUACGAGGCGCCCGACCUGCCGGCGGACGCGCGGCGUGUGCAUCGACGCCGGCCACCACGCGGGACUUUGGGCCCCAGGCCGUUGUUGCCGUCGGCGGCGCGGGAGAGACCCCUGUCGUCAACAAGCCUGUUGUGCUGGUGGAUGGGAGGAAGAAGGAGCCUGAGGCGGAGAAGACGCUGUUGCAAAAGUACUGGUGGGUGA